CAUACGGCGCUCCCCUUCUGCGCUUGCGCAGGGCAAGAGCCCGCUACCGGAAGGACGCCUGGGACUGGGUGUAAGCCGACGCGGAGCUACCUCGAGGCGGAACUGGGGCGUACCGGGAUUCGGCCACCCCAACACCCGGUGCGGAAGGAAGGUGGCAGCCGCUGGGCGGGGCGCAUGCGCGGAAGCUUCCCGUCCAAAGGCUUGAGAGGCAGACCCGAACGGCCAGCUGGGCUCGGAGCGGAGGGGGGGUCAGGAUGGACGAGGACGUGCUGACCACCUUGAAGAUCCUCAUCAUCGGCGAGAGUGGAGUGGGCAAGUCCAGCCUGCUCUUGAGGUUCACAGAUGAUACUUUUGAUCCAGAACUUGCAGCAACAAUAGGUGUUGACUUUAAAGUGAAAACAAUUUCUGUGGAUGGAAAUAAGGCUAAACUUGCAAUUUGGGAUACUGCUGGUCAAGAGAGAUUUAGAACAUUAACUCCUAGCUAUUACAGAGGUGCACAAGGUGUUAUAUUAGUUUAUGAUGUUACAAGAAGAGACACCUUUGUUAAACUGGAUAAUUGGUUAAAUGAAUUGGAAACAUACUGUACAAGAAAUGAUAUAGUUAACAUGCUAGUUGGAAAUAAAAUUGAUAAGGAAAAUCGUGAAGUUGAUAGAAAUGAAGGCCUGAAAUUUGCACGAAAGCAUUCCAUGUUAUUUAUAGAGGCAAGUGCAAAAACCUGUGAUGGUGUACAAUGUGCCUUUGAAGAACUUGUUGAAAAGAUCAUUCAGACGCCUGGACUGUGGGAAAGUGAGACCCAGAAUAAAGGAGUCAAACUGUCACACAGGGAAGAAGGCCAUGGAGGAGGAGCCUGUGGCGGCUAUUGUUCUGUGUUAUAAACUCUGGGAAAUUACAUCUCUUGCAUAUUUGAUCAGAUAGUGACAUCUUUCUGUAUAUAAACUCCUUAACUGCUAUUUUAGGGACCUUGCAGUUUGCACAUAAUUGUUUUGUAUCAUGGCAGUAAAUAUUUGCAAGAAAUCUCACUCAUCAGUUUUCCCAGGUAAAAUGUUAUGGUAAGCAUGCACAGUUUGCAGUCUACAGUUUUUAAUGUAACAAAAUAGAUGUACCUUUAUAAGUAUCUUUGAUUUUAUGAUUUACAUUUAUCAUGUACUUUUAAAAAAAUCCAUCUAUCUAGUAUGUAUUGAUACAAGGUCUGCUUUUGGUCUUCUUUUUGCUUAAAUACUUCUGUCAGUUACUGAAUUACUUGGUAUAUAGAACUCCUAGAACCAGAGAAGAAUACAGGUAUCAUCAAUCCUGGCAGAUUUCCUUUCAGGAAUAACAAAGAGCAUGAUUCCAUAGCUUUUCUAGGAUGUUUGAGAUUCUCCUUUAGUACUAAGCAAAAUUCUCAUCCCAGAAAGUGGCCCAGGCCAAUUUAUAAUUAAAUAUCUGUUGUGAUGAUACUUCUAAAAUAGCAUUGAUAUGUUAGAGAAGUUUAAUAUUACUUUUUAAAAUUUACUUCAAUGAUUAACUCAGUUGGUUAACUGGAGUUUUAAUUUUGCAAUAUGUACAUUGGAUCUAUAACUCUAUGCAGCAUUUUAAGUUAUGUGGUGUUUGGCAGAAUGGCAAUAAGGUUUUCCCCCCAUUUUGGCUUCGGAAGGACAUGAACAGCAUAUUUAUUGUGACUCCAGUACUUACCACUUUUAAAACCAACAUCUUUUUUCUAAAUGUUGGUAGCAUUUGUCCAUGUACCUUAAUCGUAUUAUGUAGCUUAUGUAAUGUUGAUGAAUAUCUGUAUCGUAGGACUUCCAUUAUGGCUAGUGGAGAGUCAGAAUCUAUUUCUGUGUUUUGAAGGGUGGGAUAAAAAAAAAAAAAAACACUAAAUGAUGAUUUGAGAAAGACAUAUUGCUUCUAGAUUCUGAUGUGUGUGGGAAAAUACCGUCACAACAAAAGUCUUGAUAAUUUACUGUAACAAGUAACCAAUAGUUAAUCAGAACCAACUUGUACAGACUAAUAAAUCUUUUUCACAGUUAUUCAGUUUUCUUACCUCUUGCUAUUGUACAUUGUAUAUUUUUUCACUCAUAUGUUAUUUAAUUUACAUUGAUCUCUGCUAUUUUAAGCUCCUAAAUAAGUCAUUUUUCCUUUAAGGUGGGUCACUAAAUACCCCUCAGUAAAAUUUCAAUAUUAUAUUUCUGGACAGUUUGCUCUUUACACAGCAUUUGUAGUUAAGUGGUGUUUUGAAGGGUGGGAUAGCAUUUCUGUGGGUGAUCUUUGCAGAAUAUGUGUUAAUGAACUUACUUCAAGUUGAGUUUUUUCUGAAAUGUACAUCUUUACAUAUGAAAACCUCACAUUCUACUUGAUUUACACUUUUUAGAUUACACUACAUAUGAUUGACGCUUUUAUAUAUUCUGUAUGUUUUUGCUAAGUAUAAAGCAUAUACUACUAUAAGUUUGGAAAAAGAGCUAACACAUGUACUUAUGAUUUGUUCAUGUUACAUUAAAAACCUUAGAUUUGUGUAUUUAUGUAGUCUGUACUGACAAGACUUUUCUAUGUAUUGCUUUUUGCUCCUUGAGCUAUAUAUAUAACAAUCUUUGUGUAUUAGAUUGUUUUGAUUUGGUCUGAACUUGGAUACAUAUGAAUCCCUUGAAUAUAACUUUUUAAAAUUAA